AUGAGCGGGAGGGAAGGCGGAAAUGCAGUUCCGUCUUCGAGUGCGGGGAAUGCAAGCGGUGCCGGUGUGAUAGGCGUAACACGGCGGGGUCGCUGCAAAUGGUUCAAUGUGGCCAAAGGCUGGGGUUUUAUUACCCCCGACGAUGGUGGUCAAGAUGUUUUCGUACACCAGAGUGUCAUACAAAUGCCAGGAUUCAGAUCGCUUGGUGACGAGGAAGUUGUAGAGUUCGAAUGUAAGGAGUCAGACAAAGGACUGGAGGCGACACGCGUGUCUGGGCCUUCUUCCGUCGAUUGCCAGGGUUCACAUCGGCGUCCCUUGUCGAAAAAAAGAUUCAGGAAGAUACGUUGUUACAAUUGUGGUGAAUUUGCUAACCAUAUAGCUGCUAAAUGCGGCAUGGGCCCACAACCAAAGAGAUGCCACAAUUGCAAGAGUGAGGAUCAUCUGAUAGCUGACUGUCCAAUAAAGGUGGAGAAGAAAAAGGAUGACUCGCAAUCAAAGAAUUCUAGUAGUUCACAGGGAAGUGUACCCAGCAGCCCUCAGCAGCAG